AUGUGUAAGGCAGCAUUGGGGAAGGUGUUGCUGGUUUGGGGUAAUGGUUGCAAUUCCCCGAGGCGCUGCAUUUCCACAGCGCCUAAAGUGAACGAGGUGUCGAGAGUCGCCCAAUUCGCGACAUCGGCCGUGUUGGUCGAGGCGCCCGAGGCGCUGGAGCUCGAGGAAGAGCCGGAAGAGCUACUGCUGGCGUUGGAGAAGGCCAAGGAGCUGGCGAGCCAGAUGAAGAACAUUGCCAGCGUGGACGUCGUGGCCGGGAGCCACUAUCUGCAGGAAGACAAUCCACACCUGAUCGGGAGGGAGACGAGGAGCUUUAUCGAGCGAGUCUGGAAAGAACGGGAGCCGAAGCCGGCCCUCUGA